AUGGCCUCAAAACCAUCCAAAUGGGCUACUGACGACGACGACGAAGAAACGGCCGCCGCGCAGGCACAGCGGAGGCGGGAGAAAGCAGAGCGAAAAAGACUCAAGGAAGAGAAAGCGCGCAACGCGGCUCUACCAGCAACUCAAUUCCCCUCCGCGACGGACGACAACGAGCGACCAAGCAAACGUCCGCGAACGUCCUUCGACCAAGCAGAGAAUGGCACAUCCCCAACGGUACAGCCUGCCUCACAGGUGCGAAGCGGAGAAGAUGAAGAGGGCGCACACUUGCUACAAUUCCGCAACCGAGGAUUCGGCCCCUGCGGCCACGUCGAGCAAUUCGAGCAGCUGAACGACAUCGAAGAAGGGUCCUACGGGGUCGUGUCGCGCGCACGGAGGAGGGCCACCGGCGAGAUCGUGGCGCUGAAGAGAUUGAAGAUGGACCACACCAACGACGGGUUCCCCGUGACGGGACUGCGAGAGAUCCAGACCCUGAUGGCGUGUCGCGAGGACACGAAGAACGUGGUCAAACUACUCGAGGUGGUCAUGGGCGACAGUCUGAAAGAUGUCUACCUCGUGAUGGAGUUCCUCGAACACGACCUCAAGACCCUCCUGGACGACAUGGCCGAGCCGUUUUUGCCGUCCGAGACCAAAACAGUCAUGCUCCAGAUCGUCCGGGGCGUCGAGUACCUGCACACCAACUGGAUCAUGCACCGCGACCUCAAGACCUCGAACCUCCUGCUCAACAACCGCGGCGAGAUCAAGCUGGCGGACUUCGGCAUGGCGCGGUACACGUCCAACCCUCCCCCGCCGAAACUGACCCAGCUGGUGGUGACGCUGUGGUACCGUGCGCCGGAGCUCCUGCUGGGCGCGGAGAGUUACGACUUUGAAAUCGACGUUUGGAGCGUGGGGUGCAUCUUUGCCGAACUCGUCACCAAGGAACCCUUGUUUCAGGGGCGGAACGAAGUCGACCAGCUCUCCAAGAUCUUUGGACUGCUGGGCACCCCGACGCGCGAAAGCUGGCCGGGAUUCCGCUCCCUCCCCAACGCCAAAGCACUCCACCCUGUCCUGUCCCAGACACACUCGUCAUCCCUCCUAACGGCGAGUAAGUUCACCUACCUCACCACCGCAGGCCUACGCCUCUUAUCCUCCCUCCUCUCCUUGAACCCAACUUCCCGCCCGUCCGCCACCGAAGUCCUCGACCACCCAUAUUUCCGCGAAGAUCCUCGCCCGAAACCCAAAGAGCUGUUCCCCACCUUCCCCAGCAAGGCCGGCCAGGAGAAGAGACGGAAAAAACAGACCCCGCAAGCGCCAGUCAGGGGCGAGAUCGCACCAAAGCUGGAUGAAAGGGAGAUCGAGGGCGUGUUUAGGGGAUGGGAUGUCGAGGGGGAGGAGAAGGGCGGCGGGUUCGCGCUGAGAUUGGGAUAG